GGCGAGUUGGAGGGUUCGGGUAAAAAUGGCUGAAUAUUUAGCUUCGAUAUUCGGGACUGAGAAGGACAAGGUUAACUGCUCUUUUUACUUUAAGAUCGGGGCCUGCCGGCACGGGGACCGGUGCUCCCGGCUUCACAACAAACCGACUUUCAGCCAGACUAUAGUGCUGCUCAACCUGUACCGGAAUCCACAGAACACGGCCCAAACCGCAGACGGAUCGCACUGUAAGUACAGGGAGCAAGCAGGGCAGGGGCAGGGCGGACAGUUCCCAGCAAGCCACUCCCUGAUUCCACCCUGCGUCCCUCCUCCAGGUCACGUGAGCGACGUGGAGGUGCAGGAACACUAUGAUAACUUCUUUGAGGAGGUGUUCACGGAACUGCAGGAGAAGUAUGGAGAGAUUGAGGAGAUGAAUGUGUGCGACAACCUCGGAGACCACCUCGUUGGCAAUGUCUACGUUAAGUUCCGGCGGGAGGAAGAUGCAGAGCGAGCAGUGGCUGAACUCAAUAACCGCUGGUUCAAUGGGCAGGCUGUGCAUGCUGAGCUGUCUCCUGUCACCGACUUCCGGGAAUCGUGCUGUCGGCAGUACGAGAUGGGGGAAUGUACCCGAGGUGGCUUCUGCAACUUCAUGCACCUGCGACCCAUAUCCCGGAACCUCCGACGGCAGCUGUAUGGGCGGGGACCCAGGCGCAGGUACCUCAGGACCAAGCUGCCCAGAUUUCUUAGACCCUAAGACCCCUAUUCCUUGAGAUGAGCGUGAUCCUAAGUCUAGUCAUAGUGUCUCAAGACUCUUACACCCUAAGAAUGUUCUUGAGAUCUGUACCUAAGUCUCAACCCCUAAACUAGCCUGAACCCCAAAUCCAAGAACAGCUGGGUACCAGUGGUUCACACCUGUGAUCCUAAGCUACUCAGGAGGCAGAGAUCAGGUG